AAACACACAAACAGACUGGCUGUUUGUAGUGUAUAUCAAUCGUUGUGAUAUGGUCAUAUUCCAUUUAUUGAACACUUGCUGUUCAGUAGUUCAUAGUCUAAUCACCGUCCUAUGAAUAACAAUUCGAUCUUACUCUCAAUUUUUUUUACGACCUAAAUCAAAGAAAGACCACUUUUUUGGAUCUGACCACCGACUGUGCCUUUUUUUAGAAAUCAUUUUUUUGAUCUAAAUACCAAUACAUUCUUUUGUUAUCAUUUUUCAACGAAGAUAACGAGGCGUGCAUCGUAAGAUAAACGAUUAAAAAUGGGAAAAUUAAACAUUUUUAGAUCGUUUGGGCUGUUGAUAGCCUUGUCAGUGUUUGGUUUAAUGCUUGUUGACGCAGCUAAACGGAAUUUAAGUGCCCAAUUGAACCCAGGCUGUCCAGAUAGCAUUUGUGAGAGUAUAUUCGAAGAUGAGAAAAUAACCGUAGUUCAUGUACAAGCCGAAGGUGACAACGAUACACUGCAUUAUAUUUGGGACUUGAGCCGUCAGCCAACCGUGCUAGUCGCACUGUGCGAACGCAAUACAAAUGUCACCAUCGGAUAUAAUGGAACCGUCAAGGAUGCAGACAGUAUUCAAUUUUCGAAUAAACCAAAGUAUACAAUGUCAUUUGUAUUGACCAAGGUUUUCAUUUUCAACGAUAUCAAAGAUCAGGCAUCAAUAAUUGGGGUUAAUACAUCGAACAUUGAAACCAUUGACACGAAAUAUCUCACAUGGACUCGAGAAAAUUUCACCGAAUCAACGGGUGAAGUGAAAGUUGCCGUUAGCGGUAAAAAUGAUUCUUUGAUUGGAUGCGAUGGUGUCAUUAAUUUAAAGCUCAAAUGCUACGGUGAAGAAGAUCAUGAUUCGGAUAUCCCGCAUUUGAUCCACUCAAUCAAUGUGACCCAAGUCGAUAUCGAAUUCAUUAAUUUGACAUCGAAUAAAACGUUCGAGUCGCCACGCAUUGCAGCCGAAUUCGUACUUGUUGCCAGCGAAUCGCCAAAGAAUCCGUUCAACAUCACCAAACGUAAGACUGUCGAUGAUGAACACACACCAGGCACAUUCACUCUUGUUGAUAUCAUUACACCUGGUGAAACCCAAGGAAGCUACAUGCAAUACCGUCCGAUAAGCUACACUGAAGAUAGUCGUGACAUUACCGCCAAGACGGAUGUUCAGGUGAACGAGCCCGUUUUCAUUGCAGAUGCAAAAUCCUACUUGAACUCAUCACUGGCAUACUCGUACUAUGGCAAUACCCUUGACAAAAAUUUGGUGCAAUCGUUCAAUAUUUCAUUCGGACAGACACAAGACAAAUUCUAUUCGCUGACCAACUAUACCACAUGGACAUUUGUUUUGGGCUAUGGAACGGCACCACCAGAGCGUGUAUCCAUGUUCAUUGCCAUUUUGGCGUGCAUUGGCCUGGGAAUACCGUUGCUGCUUUUAAUUAUUGGCGGUAUUUACUUGGCCGUUAAGCGAAUGCGAAACUGUUGAAUUAAUUGCUCACCAGUUUGAAAAGUCUGAUAAACCAAAUGAAAUCCAGUGCAAUGAUUAGCCAUAAUCUCUGCUAGUUUCAAUUUUGCCUUCAAUUUAUAAAACAUUCUCGAAAACUAAUUAUUUUUAAUAACAUUUCUGAAUUUCAACUAAGAAUGGUUAAUUAAAAUUGUAUGAACGAAAUUUGAUGUUUAAAUGAAAAUGAAGAAAACACAACAAAUUGGAAUUAAUUCAACCACCGUCAAUUAAAAUAAUCAACUCUUGGCAUAUAUAUUAUAUAUAGACUAAAUUCGACAUACAUUGAACCAACGAAUUUGAUAUUUAGAAAUAAUUUAUUUUUUGAAUGGAAAAUAGAUGAGAAAAUGAAUUUUCAAAAACAAACCGACCAAAAGUUUGUUAGCUAAUACACUGUAUUGCAUACGAGGGGGUUUUAUUUCAACAAUAUUUAUCCCAGUUGGUCAAACGUAUGCCUAAUCUGCAAUAAAGCAUUUUCGAAUGAAACUUAAGCUCUCUCUCUCUCAUUUUAAUAAGUUUUGGUUAAAUAAGUUUUUCGUAUAAUUUAUAUAUGAACCAAUCAACAGUACAAACACACUGCAAAUGCACCAACCCAAACUUAGACUAUAGUACUUCACUGUACCGGUAUAAAAUAACAAUUGUAAUAAAAAGACCUCGAAGAACAGUUGUAAAAUUGUGGCUUAUGUACGUCAAAAGCACUAUAAUGAAUGAAUGAAUGGACGUUCGUUAGUUGUGAUAUAUUAAGAAAAUGCGUUGUGAGGUUGGAAACUGGAUAAAACCAUGAAUUUUACGAUGGAAAUGAUAAAUUUGUUUAUAAAUGGCUGUUAAUUAAAUGGUUUUGCUGGAAUUCAAUCUUUGCUCAGAGCUUUUGAGAGUGUUUAAAACCACAUAUUCUUACACAUAAGCAAAUAUUGUUGUUAGAAUGUUUUGGUUUAUUUUAUGAUGAAAUUCAAUAAAAGCUGUUGAUUUGUACACACACACACAAGUG